CAGCGACAGAGGCACCAAGGCCCAGGCAGGCGGGGCUCGGUGGGCAGGAGGAGGGGCAGUGGAGUCCACACCGCCACGUCCCUGCCUUGCUCGGGAUGAUUCUAGCAACAAAACUCCGUUCUUCUGGCCUCUGCCGCCGGCCUGAGGAGUGCAGGGGAGAGUGGGACCCAGGUGUCCCAGACCAAGACAGGUGUGUGAGUGGACACGGGACACAGGUGUGCGAGUGGAGGACACAGGACAGGUGUGAGCAAGAGGACACAUCACACAGAUGUGCAAGCAGACACAGGACACGCAACACAGGAAGACAAGGAGGUGGUGGGGAGGCCUCCUCACCCAGCCCCUGGAGGGGCCUCCAGAACAUCAGGGAGUGGACACUGGCCCCAGGAGUGGACUUUCCACAUGGCAGCGGACCUGAGAGAAGACACAGACUUCAGGGGAGGAAGACACAGGAACUCGCUGGCAGCCACGUCUGGGGUCAGGGAUGCAGAGAGGUUGACAGCACCAAGGGUGGCCAUGUGCAGAGACCACCACGCCCUCCAGGACACCAACGCCCACCAUCAGAUUCGCUGUGCAAAGCCCCAGAGCCGCGGGCGCAGGCUCACACCGCGGCGAGCAGCCCCCGGCUCCCUCCCUCCGAGAGGAGCCCGGUCCGCGACCGGCCCAGCCCAUCCCAGUCCCGCGCGGAGUCCGGGAUUCCAGCCGCUCCCAGUGACUCGGUACUCGGGAUAGCGCCGGGGGCCGCAGCCCUGUCCCGCUGCCGCCGCCGGAUGCCCCGAGUCGGCCGUCACGCACCCCCCGCGGGAGCCCGCGCCGCCCGCCGCGCCGGGGCCGUUUAA